AAAGGAAAUAAUGAGCCGUGUCUACAAGUAGACUGCAAUCAGUCUGAGGUCGCGUAGAAGGUAAACAUGGCAAUGACAGGUCAGACGUCCUGUUCCUCCAUGAGCAACCACACCAAGGAGCGGGUCACGAUGGCCAAAGUGACCCUGGAGAACUUCUACAGCAACCUGAUCUCCCAGCAUGAGGAGAGAGAGAUGAGGCAGCAGAAGUUGGAGAAGGUGAUGGAUCAAGAGGGACUAGCUGAUGAAGAGAAGCGCAUUCGGCGUUCUCAGCAUGCAAGGAAGGAGACUGAGUUUCUGCGGCUCAAACGAACCCGUCUCGGAUUGGAUGAUUUUGAGUCACUUAAGGUGAUUGGUCGUGGUGCUUUCGGAGAGGUGCGUCUGGUUCAAAAGAAAGACACGGGCCAUGUCUAUGCCAUGAAGAUCUUGCGCAAAGCUGAUAUGCUUGAGAAGGAACAGGUUGGUCAUAUACGUGCUGAAAGGGACAUUCUGGUGGAGGCAGACAGUCUGUGGGUUGUGAAAAUGUUCUACAGCUUUCAGGACAAGAUGAACCUCUACCUCAUUAUGGAGUUUCUACCUGGAGGAGACAUGAUGACCCUGUUGAUGAAGAAGGACACGCUGACUGAGGAGGCUACACAGUUUUACAUCGCUGAGACGGUGCUCGCCAUCGACUCCAUCCACCAGCUGGGUUUCAUACACAGAGAUAUUAAACCUGACAACCUGCUACUGGAUUCGAAGGGUCAUGUCAAGCUGUCUGAUUUUGGCUUGUGUACGGGGCUUAAGAAGGCUCACAGGACAGAAUUCUACAGGAACCUCAACCACAGUCUUCCCAGUGAUUUCACGUUCCAAAACAUGAACUCAAAAAGAAAAGCAGAGACAUGGAAAAGAAACCGGAGACAACUGGCUUUCUCCACUGUCGGAACACCUGACUACAUCGCUCCCGAAGUAUUUCAGCAGAACGGUUACAAUAAACUCUGUGACUGGUGGAGCCUGGGGGUCAUCAUGUACGAGAUGCUUAUCGGUUAUCCACCCUUCUGCUCAGAGACUCCUCAGGAGACGUACAGGAAAGUAAUGAAUUGGAGGGAAACACUGACUUUUCCACCAGAAGUUCCCAUUUCUGAGAAGGCAAAGGAUCUUAUUCUCAGGUUCUGCUGUGAGGGCGAGAGCAGGAUUGGUGCUGCUGGAGUUGAAGAAAUUAAAUCCAAUCCUUUCUUUGAAGGAGUGGACUAUGACCAUAUCAGGGAGAGACCUGCUGCCAUUCCAAUCGAAAUCAAAAGCAUCGACGACACCUCAAACUUCGACGAGUUUCCAGAUUCAGACAUUCUCCAACCAACAUCAUCCAUUGUGACCAACCACAGUGUUGACGAUUUAAAGAACAAAGACUGGGUCUUCAUUAACUACACGUACAAGCGCUUUGAGGGCCUGACCGCCAGGGGAGCCAUUCCUUCCUAUAUGAAAUCAGGGAAGAGAUAAACACAGAACCCUCACUGAGCUUGUGUUUUUCCUUUAAGGAGUCCUUUUCCUUUGCUUGUCAUCACUGCGGACCGGUCGACAUCUCCAAACGUGUCUGUUACCUGUUGUGGGCCACGCCGUGAUGCGUUCAUGGUAGUGGACUCGUCCUCUUCCAGCACUUGUCUUGCGUAUUGUUUUGUUUGUUUUUUUUACUCAAAUUUUUUAAGUAGAAGCUGCUAAAGCUGUCUUUCUGGUCAAUGAUUUUGGCUAAGAAUGUAAAAUUUGGGGCUCACCGUUUAAAACUCUUGCUUUUUUUUUGUUUGUUUGUUUUUUGUUUAGUUGGUUGGUUGGUUGGUUUUCCCCCCAUAAUAGAGCAAUGUCUUUUUUUUUUUUUUCUCUGACUUGAUUAAAAACAUUUUUUUAGAUAAACUAGAAGGUGGCUAGUCCACUCACACCCAGGGAUCACUUUUUAGUUACUAUAAUUUACCAUCAAAAAGUUUUCUGUUCAGUUUUAACCUUAUGGUCAUCUGCUGUAGUAAUCGUAAAUAUGUAUAUUUUCAGUAAACAAAAACAAGAAAUGGACUCUCUCUGCAAAGUUUUUUAAAGUCCAAGAAUUUGGAUGCUUUAGAUUUUUCAUUCUUUUUUUAUUUUCAUAUAUAUAUAAAAUGUUUCUCAGUGCUUGCCAUUAUCAUCUUAUCGACGAUGGCAAAAUGUAAGGGGCUUCUCUUUCUGUUUAUGCAAACAGUUUUCAGUGCUUGAAAACCUAACCGAAUGUUUGUGAACCUGUCUACUACAGGGACAAACAUUGCCUUAAAUUUGGAGACUAAUGAUACGAUGGUUCCAGUAAUCGCUUGUUACACCAGCAAAACGUCACUCAUCUAGACCUGCACACUGAAGCAAAUGUUUUUUUUUUCCUCUGUUUACCUUUUUAACAGUAUACCAGCCAGAGAUAAUGACCAAGUGACAUUUAUCAUAAUGACCAGCUUAUUUAUAGUAAUUCUUUGUCGGUUUUAUCUUGGAAAAUUUUUACAUUUGUGAUGUGCUGCGCUAAAUUUGAAUUUGUUUUUUGUAAAAGGGCUAGUUACCUUGUUCAAUUUGGAAACAAAGCAUUUGCUGGAUGACCGUGUGCUGAAUCUGCUUGUUUGAUUAUAUACUCAGCAGUCUUCCAUUUCGAUACGGGCUUAAAAAAAAAAAAGCAUGCUAAGAGCAAAGCAAUAUUUUACCAAAGACUUGUUACUUUUAGCAACUUAUGCACCCUUGUUAUGCCUUCGAGAAGCUUGAUUUGUACUCGAAAUUUGAGGGUUUUUUGUUUGCUUAUUUUUUUUGAGAAAAGUGUGUAUAGUAGUAUUAGUAGUUAUCAUGGUGAAAGAAAUUGACUAGUAAUAUUAUUUAUCCUGGGACAGUAGUUGUCUAUUGUCAUCAUUCCAGUAAGACUAGGAGUAGUUGCACUAUUGUACAGAUAACCCGCGUAUCGUGAAAUAAGGAACGUUCAAAGGACCCGUAUAGGUCUUGCUUGGUCGGAUUUCCACAUCCUCUUAUCAAGAUGCUGAGCUUUUUGCAUCAAUGUCCUGAUGCUGUAGGUAAAACGUAUCAGAUAUACGUUUAGCUUUGCUUCUGCUAAAUUUGAAGACCAAAUCCUAUUGGAGCUUGUUGUGCUUUCUCAUCAGAGUGUCUAGCUCGUCUGCUGAAUUGUGUCUAAGGAUUUUGUUCUGUCUGACCAAAACAGGACACAAUAAGUCAGUUUCUUAUUUUGGUCGUAGUAGUCAGUUAAGUCAAUAAAUACCUGCGCGUCCUCAUAAAUAUGAAAAUGCCGUUGAUGUAUGAUGAAAAUGACACACACAAAAGCACGAUUGUAGGAUUCCCCCCCCCCCCCCCCAAAAAAAACGCUGUAGUUUUUAUAUACAAGGGAGCAAUGCAUUAUGCAAAUUAGAGCAUUAAUUUGUUGAUCUUGUAGCCGUUCUGCUCGUAUGCUUCAGCACAAGUGCUGCUCGUUGAACGUUGGAUGAUAUCUGAUUGGCACGGAGUAUGUCUUGCGUUACUUUUUAACUCUGUUGUUCUUCUAUUUAUCCGUUUCAGCACUGCACAGUUUAUCACUUCUGAAUGAAGCGUUCAUUUUCAUUAAGAGUUCAGCAAUACACUUGAUUAAAUCCUGUUCAAUACAUGCUUGAUUAAAUUAUAUAUACACCUAUUUAAGUGCUGGAUCUGUAAAAAUAAAUAAAUAAAUAAAUAAGAAUGCUGAAGUGGCUCAUUCUCAAAGUGCAAAUUGGUCUGCAGUGCGUCGUUUUGGGAAGACGGGGCCUCAUUUAUCAAAGCGGCUAUGAACAUGCUUAUUCAUGAAUCUUUCUUUGACAGUCCAUGUGGCUCGGGCAAACGUUUAUAACCUACAGGACAAGAGCUACAUGGUUUGAGUGUAUUUGCAUAUAAGGAGACGCACUAAUGUAAAGCUUAAAUUAUGGACUUCCAAGUUGUAUAACCAACAAGAAGCUGAAAUUGUGUAUGCAUUCUGGUUAUACACACAAAUGUUUGGACAAAGGAACUUCCCCAAACCAAUUUGUUGAAGUAAUGUACAAAUAAAUCUAGUUAUUAGAAAUAGAAGAAAAUUUUGACUCAGUGAUGUAUCGUGAUUCUUUUCUGUAGCAAUUCAUACAACACAAUACAAAUCGAAUUGGCACCUAGGUGUAGUAAUAUCGUAUUACAGUACAUGGGUCAUAAGCUAUAUAUUUAUGACCAAUAAAAAAGUUUGGUUGGUAUGUGCUUGUACAUGUGCCUUUGGUAGCUGAUGUGCUACAGGGGCUGAGCUGCAUGAUUUGUCAUGCGCAGUUUUGUAGGUGGCGCUCUUUUGUCACCAUUUCCUUAUUCUCAUGUCUGUUUUGAUCUUUACGGAGCGUUGUAGUUGCCCCUAAAUUUGAAUCACCUUCACCAGCAUAAACGUGUAAAUGCAAAGAUAAUCAGCAUUGCUGAAGUUUUUUUUUUUUUUUACUUUUUCUUUCUGGAUUUUUUUUGUUUGGUUGGUUGGUUUUUUUAAAUCAUUUACAGAAUUUUUGUAUGAGACUGAUAAAUGAGGCCCAAUGUUUAGAGCUUGAAUUGCACUGUUGAAAAAAAAAAAAAUCAUGAUCACUGAAGUCUUGAAUUUUUGAAAACUUUCAUCAUGGGUGAAGAAAUGUACAUUUGAUUGCUUUCAUGGUUUGUACAUGACACAUGCGUAGAAGGCUGUGGAAUAUUCUGGAAACACACUGGUCGAUUAUAUUUACCUUUUCUCACAAUCAUUACAGAAGAGUAGUUUUUUUUUUUUAAUUGAUUUCAAAAUAUUUCUAUACUUACUAGAACCUUCUGAAAUAAAAAUGUGUGCGUGCAUGUGUGUGUAAAGGGUUUGUAUCGUAAAGAAUUUACAGCUUAUUUAUUCAAACCCUGACUUUUCGACACGAACGAGACUGAGCUUGCUGUUAUUUUAUAAAGUAUGAAACUGCUCCUGGGUUCUAUAAUGUUGCGUUCUACUGUGAGACGAAGUCGUCGGGCCUCACUCUGCCUUAACAUUAAGUUUGUAGAUUGUAGCUUCACUUCGUAGAGCACCUUGUACUGGUUUGUUAUUGAGAGAGUUUGUUGUGAGCACACAAUUUUAAUGUUCUAAUUCAAUAAAGCACCAGUUUAUUUA